GUCUUUUGACAUUUGAAAAUAACCGCUUCCUUCACUUAUCCAAGCUCAUAAUUCAAAAGCAAAACUGGUGAUAUUGUAGCACAGUCCCAUACGCUGAAUGUCAUUAGGAGGAGGAGUUAGGAUAGAAUAUUUCACCACAUCCUGUGUGUUCACAUGUCACACAUCCCAUAUAAGCUCACUUGAAGGUAAAUGGCAGUGAUAGCAUCCCAUCGUAGAUGAUUUCCCCCAUGUCUUAUAUACAUAUAUAUAUAUAUAUUUAUAUACAUACAGUAUAUAUAUAUAUAUAUGUAUAUAUGUGUGUAUAUUCUGGUAAUCUCCAAAGACAUCCGGAGGAUAUCUCAGGGAAAUAUAAAUAAAAUUGCACAGGAAUAGAGUUGAGAGCAGAAAACGGGCUCUUCUUGACUGGGUGGUGGAGAGUUGUCGUCCUGGAAGUCAAAGAGUGAGAUGGAGAAGUUCAUGGAGGGGUUGAACAUCAAGAAGACUCUGCAUUCGGUGAAGAAAUACAUCGUCCUCUCCUUUCUUUGUCUUCUCCUGCUGUUUAUUUACACUGGAUACUUGAGUGGAUCCCAGGCUCUAACAACCAUGAAUCACACCAUCUUCUGGAACCGUAGCGUCAGUGGCAGCAGAAAUGUGACCAUCUUGCUGUGGUACUGGCCCUUUGGCCAUGUAACGUCCCUGCAGGGUGACGUGUGCUGGGACCUCUACCACAUCCCUCGCUGUAGACUGGUGGACCAGCACUCCAUGUUCUCAUCAGCAGAUGUGGUGGUCUUCCACAACAGAGAGCUGAUUCAGGGCAUCCAGAAGUUGCCCUUAGACCUUCCGCGGCCCCAGGGCCAGAGGUGGGCCUGGUUGUCCCUUGAGUCACCUGCUAACAACGGAAACUUGCAGCAGUAUGCAAAUAUCUUUAACAUGACCAUGACGUACAGGAGGGAUGCUGAUAUCGUUUUGCCCUACGGCAUGCUGGAACCUCAGGAGACUGAGGCACAACUGGUGGAAGAUGUCACUCAGAACAAGAGCUCUCUUGUCUGUUGGGUGGUCAGUAACUAUCAGAACCACCACAGGAGAAGCCAAGUGUACCGUGAGCUCCUACCUGUGGUUCCUGUGAAGGUUUAUGGCAAAUGGACAAACACAAAUCUCCCCAGCAGUGACCUCUUACCUGCAAUCUCACGUUGCUACUUCUAUUUGGCCUUUGAGAACUCUGUUUCCAAAGAUUAUAUCACAGAGAAGCUGUGGUGGAACGCUUAUCAAGGAGGGGCGGUACCUGUUGUCCUGGGUGCAUCAGUGAGCGACUAUAAAGCUGUGGCUCCGCCUAAUUCUUUCAUCCACGUUGAUGACUUUGCAUCCGUAAAAGAUUUGGGCAGGUACCUGGUCGAGCUGGCAAAGGACAAGAAACGCUACAGUGAAUAUUUCACCUGGAGACAGCACUGGAAAGUGAAACGGUUGGCAGAAUGGAGAGAGAGACUGUGUAAAAUCUGCGUGCACUAUGAAAGUUUACCUCAGCAUAGAGUUUACAGUAAUCUCAUGGCCUGGGUCAAUGCUAACUAACUGCUAUUGAAGCCUACCUGGAUUACUGAUCAGUGGAACCUAAAAGGGCAGGCCGUGAAAGCUCAUUAAAAAAGAAACUGUAAAUAUUUUAUGGGAUUAUGGUCAAUGAUAAUUGAUAGAGGACACAUUUAAAGUGAGAGCUUCAGAAAUACAGAUGGAACUUCUCUGCUUUAAUACUAUAUGGGCCAGAGGUGGAUAAUAACAAGGUGUAAAUUAAACCACACAUUUGCAUUCCUCA